GUAUAUAUAUCCUGACGAGCGACGACCCUUUCCUCCAAGUUCUUGCAUAUUCCCCCUGAACCAGAUUCCUUCGCAAUUGGGAAGGAGAUUGGAGAAAGACGUAGAUUUUGAAGAGGGGAAGUAGGCGAGACUCGGAGUUGAAUUGAUUGCGUUUUUUCCUCUUAGCCAAGUUACUUGUGCGUGGACUGACUCACAACCGUUGAUAAAGAUUGAGGAGCUAUGGCUGGGGUUAUAAGCAAGUUCUUUAUUGCAUCCAUGCUUAUGUGGGCAGCUCCUAUCGGAAUUCUAUAUGGUUUUAACCAUAAUUUAUUCCCUGGUUCUACUAACUUGUCUCCAGAGUCCAUGACACUAUGGAGUGGAAUCCUUGCUGUCAUCUCUGUCAAUGUGGUAAUAGUGGUCUACAUUUAUGCGGCCAUGAAAGAGCCAUCAGACAAACAUGAGCCAGAUCCUAAAUUCCUGGCGGAUGCAAAGGCUAGCAUAAAGCAGUCUGGAGGAACAGAUGUGGACUCAUCAUCUGACCGUGCGAAACAAGAAUAGCUGAUGUUAACUAAAUACUUGGCAGUUCAGCUUUAGUCUUAAUACAACUGAAUGGAUAAUGAGCAUAAGCCCUUGAUCCACAGCUAGAGAGAACUCAGAGACUUUAUGAAUGAGCACAGGGGUGCAGAGAUUUUGGCCUUGGUUUUAUGUUUUAGAGGACUUGUCUCAAUUAUUAUUUUGACGUCAUAUGUACCAAGAAUGAAAGGGGUACCUCUUUAUUCCUGUUUGAAUGUUCACUUUCAGAGCCUAUGGGCAAUUGAUAUUGGAUUUUCCUUUCUUUUCAUA